CACAUAGUAGGUGCUUCAAAAGGCUUAUUGCAUUGGGUUGGUCUGGCUAGAUUAAGUUUGGAAAGCUUGCUGGUUGGGCCACUUCCUUGGCUGGAACACUGGAGAAACAGAAAGCUGGUGAUUUAGAAAUUCAAACCUCUGCUGGCACUUGGGAGCUCCAAUGGAGGGAUCUACCUGGUCUUCCUUUAUUGCCUGCACUACACUGUGAAGGCUAUGAUGAGAGUUAAUGUGAGGACCAGGAGGUGUUGCUCAGCUAAUUGCCUCAGCCUCACAGCCCAGCCGGAGCAAAAGUGGAAAGGAUCUGUCUUGCUGAGCCUGAAAGAAAGACAUUGAAUGACUUAUGAGAGAUGGAUGAAAGUUGCCCAUGCCUCUUCAGACAUGUGUUCUCUGUGAUUUAGCUCAGGGGAAUCCUCCUGUGGGGGCCCUGGCGUUCUGGGAUGCCCCGGCGGGGGCGUUGCUUGUGUUGAACGCAUGGCAGGUCCUUGAAUGACGAUGUUGCGCCGGGGACUGCUGGCCUGGAUUUCUCGGGUGGUCCUUUUGCUUCUGUUUCUGUGUUGUGCUGUCUCCGUCCUUUACAUGUUAGCCUGCACCCCAAAAGGAGAUGAGGAACAGCUGGCAUUGCCCAGGGCAAAUGGGCCCACAGGGAAAGCAGGCUACCAGGCAAUUCUUCAGGAGCAGGAGGAACAGCACCGCAGCUACAUCAGCAGCCUGAAGAAACAAAUAGCCCAGCUGAAGGAUGAGCUCCAGGAAAGGAGUGAGCAGCUCAAGAAUGCACAGUACCGCUCUGGUGACUCGGGGGCUCAGUCCGAGAAAACCCAGGCCAACCUUCUGGAGUUCCUACAUUCUCAGGUGGACAAGGCAGAGGUGCACGCUGGCGUCAAAUUGGCCACAGAGUAUGCGGCCGUUCCUUUUGACAGCUUCACCUUGCAAAAGGUGUAUCAGCUGGAGAUGGGCCUCACCCGCCACCCAGAGGAGAAGCCGGUGAGGAAGGAUAAGCGUGAUGAGUUGGUGGAGGCUAUUGAGUUGGCCCUUGAGACUCUGAACCACCCUGAGGAGGAGAGCAACCCAAAUCACCGCCCUUAUGCAGCCUCUGAUUUUAUAGAAGGGAUAUACAGAACAGAAAAGGAUAAAGGCACUUUGUACGAGCUCACGUUCAAAGGAGACCAAAAACACGAGUUCAAACGACUUGUCUUGUUCCGACCAUUUGGCCCCAUCAUGAAAGUAAAAAAUGAAAAACUCAACAUGGCCAAUACACUUAUCAACGUUAUCGUGCCCCUGGCAAAGAGGGUGGACAAGUUCCGACAGUUCAUGCAGAACUUCAGGGAGAUGUGCAUCCAACAAGAUGGGAGAGUUCACCUCACCGUGGUCUACUUUGGAAAGGAACAAAUGAGUGAAGUGAAAGGAAUAUUGGAGAACACUUCCAAGGCUGCCAACUUCAGAAAUUUUACGUUCAUCCAGCUGAAUGGUGAGUUCUCAAGAGGCAAGGGGCUCGAUGUUGGUGCCCGAGUUUGGAAAGGAAGCAAUGUUCUCCUCUUUUUCUGUGAUGUCGACAUCUACUUUACCUCGGAUUUCCUCAACACAUGUAGGCUGAACACACAGCCAGGGAAAAAGGUGUUUUACCCAGUCCUCUUCAGUCAGUACAAUCCUGGAAUAAUUUAUGGUCAUCAUGAUUCAGUUCCACCCUUAGAACAACAACUGGUUAUAAAAAAGGAAACUGGAUUUUGGAGAGACUUUGGAUUUGGAAUGACUUGUCAGUACCGGUCAGACUUCAUCAAUAUAGGUGGGUUUGAUCUGGACAUCAAAGGCUGGGGAGGAGAAGACGUGCACCUCUACCGCAAAUACCUGCAUAGCAACCUCAUUGUGGUUCGAACUCCUGUGCGGGGGCUUUUCCACCUCUGGCAUGAGAAGCAAUGUGUGGAUGAGCUGACCCCUGAACAGUAUAAGAUGUGCAUGCAAUCCAAGGCCAUGAAUGAGGCAUCGCACGGGCAGCUGGGGAUGCUUGUCUUCAGGCACGAAAUCGAGGCCCACCUGCGCAAACAGAAACAGAAGACAAGCAGCCAAAAGACAUGACAUCCUUUGGGAUGCGUCUUUCUUCUCUUGGAGAUUUAUGGAAACAGUCACUGUUGCCUGGAGGAGGCUUUAGAGAAAAAUGGGGGGAAAAACCAUCUCACAGAUUAGGGGUUAGGGGAGAAUGACUGUAACCUCUCUCUCUCUGCCUGCACAAAGCUUAAUAAGCCUCCACCAAUUGCCCCAGUUCACUUGGCAAUUUUUGACAAAGGCAGAGGUGACUGUGAGGUUCAAAGCAGAUGAGGGCAGAAGAGUGUUCUGAUUACUUACUGUGUUGAUUUCAGUAAGAUGAGAUCUAUUGUUUUCUGAGCACCUUGAGACAUUAAUAUAUGAAGGUUAGUGUCUUUAACUUGGACGGAAAGGCAGUCACAUUUAUUUCUAAGGAAAGGAAUAUCAGAAUCCAGACUCUAAGACUCUCAAAAACUGCAAGAUCUAAAGGCUGUUUGGGGGCGGGGGGAGGGAGAGGUAUGACAUUUGGAACUUUUGUGCAUUCACUAAUCAAAACCAAAAUGAACCAAAAAUUAAAAGCCAUAUACAUAUAUUUUAUCACUUUCUUCUAAGAUUAACCAGAAUUAAUCUGUCCAUCUGUUUGGUAGUAAUUCUUAACUGUCUCCAUUUGUUUAUUUUAUUUAAAAGUGCACUUUUUUUCGCUUGUGAUUUAUAUUCUGCUUAUUUAAAUGUCAAUUUGCAAGCCUUACUGAGAGAGAGCACAACUUCCUGUACAUUUUUAUGUGUUUUUUUCAGAAGACAUUUUUAGAUACAUUAUGUGAAUAUUCAGAAGUUCAUAGCAUACAACUCAAGAACUACAUGAAAGCAGAUGCCGUAGGAUGGAUGCAUCCUGUCAGGUAGGCACUGAGCUUGAAACCAUUUAGUAACGUGAAAUGCACAGCUUGGGGCUAUUGAUAAGCAAGAGACAUAUUGAUAUGGCUAUCUGGAGAGUACUCCUGAAAGGAAGAAAUUGAACACUGGAAAGGAAGAAAAAGAUUUUUCACUUUGAUAGAAGGGGGAAAAAAUCCUUGUCGAUCAAGGCAGGUGAUUUCUUGCUACAUUCUAAAUUCUUUGUACACAUUUCUCCUCAGGAAAACUGGGGACCACUUCAACUAAACCAAAGCAAGCUGUGUGAACCAAACAAUCUCUUUUCAAAGCAGGGUGCUCUUCCUGGCUUCUGGCCUUCUUGAGUUAAAGUGCAGAAAAAUCUAUUUUUGUGAACAAUCACUGGAUUUGUCUCAAGGAAUGGGAUGAAUUCUUGUGCAUCCUCUCAUCCCAGUCCUUCUGGGGUAAAAAAGAGCCCAUUUUUCAUCAACAGUUGUUCUCCUUGGCUACCAGGACACUUCUGGAAAUCACGUCUUCUGUUUCCAAUUGUUGUUUUAAUAUGGCCAGUUUUGUGUGGUUUCUACAUCUCAUUUCAAAUUGGUUGAUUCAUUAGCCAACAACAGAUGCAUGGGCCAAGUUACUUACUUGCUUCCCUGCCUUCUGUUUGCCCACCAUGAACUCAUGGCUGAAAAGCUUCCCAUUCAUUCAAGCUGGUGUUGUGUAAAACAUGAAUUGUAAUGGUCUGUUCAAGUAGUUCGUAACAAUUUAAAUAAAAAACACGAUACAUGAAUGUUAAUGGCAUUGGACAACUAAUAAAAGAAG